UUGUUGACCGGCGAAAAGGUGUUGUGAAAUUGUUCACACGCGAAGCAGAAUUUUAGCAAAUAUUUGUCAAUGAUGGAAGAUUCCAGCUUAGAUAACUUUUUCGCGAAGAAAGACAAGAGCAAAAAAUUGAAAUCUAAAAACAAAUUCAAGGCACAACCGCAAGAGGUGACGACGGCAUCUCAAGAUAAGGCGCAGCAGAGUCACAAGGCCACAACCACAGCGGCGUCGGCGCUGGCGCCUUCAUCUACAAGUACAACAUCGGAAGCGGCUGCGGCGCCGUCACCACGACCGACCAAGAAAGAAAAAUCCGCCAAUGCCUCAGAAGCGCAAGACGAAGCGGAGGACUGGAAAGAUUUCGAGGUAGAGACGGAAAAGGACUAUUCAGGACUGCGAGUACAUUCGCUGCAAACGACGGCGGAUACUGAGGAGGAUGGGGACGAGAGGCAGCAGGACAACGGGGAAGACGGAGAAGGGGAGAGGAAACGGGACACCAGCUCCGGGCCAUGGAGCAAGUCGAAGGCCGUACCAGAGUCAGUGCCGGCAGUAGUGGAGGAGGCGGAACCCCCGUCGCAGCCUGCCGCGCCCCAGAAGUACGUGCCGCCAUCUAUGCGGCGGUUGAUGGCGUCCGGCGGCAGGCGGGGGCCGCGGAAAGGUCCGCCACAGAUCGAGAGCGAGGAGCAAUUUCCGAGCUUGUCAUCGGCUCCCAAGGACGCGCCGAAGACGAAAGCCAAGGGGUGGGUAGUCGUGCAGCGUGGCGGGUAG